AUGGCACCCAGUAUUCCCACCUCGCGCCCGAGGGCACCUCUCACCCUUCUAUCCAUGCCACUGGAGAUCCGUCUGCACAUCUUUCACUUCUGCAUCCCCCAGAACCUCUGCUUCGACUGCUCCUGGCCUCUUCGCCCGCAAAACCGCCCUAGCGAUUGGCGUGAUGUGGUCGCGUUUGACGACGAGGAUAUAAUCGAAUCGUGGGACUCCUCCUCCUCCGCAUCUUUGGACCCCGAAGAGGAUACCGACGACGAACCGCCCUAUGAACCGUGUGGGCUCGAUGAUUAUUGCCGCCAGUCUCGCCGUCAUCGUCCACAAAACCUCACAUCUGGCCCCAGCGCUUUUCCUGGGCUACUUCUCGUUUGCCGCCAGAUUACUGAUGAGGUGACGCCAUUGCUGUACGGAGGUAACACUUUCAUAUUUAGCGAUCAACAUGAUGCUCGGUUCAAUAUUUUGUUCGAAUUCAACUCGGGUGCAGAGAAGCUUAUCCGCAAAAUGAUUCUGAUCCUGCGGCCCAGCGGAAGUGCCCAAGGUUUUCCACUGGACACGAGUAUCUGGGAUAGCGUCCUCAGCAACAUUCUCAUACUGGGCGUCAUUAUCCCGAAGUGGGGGCCUGACUAUUGUGAUGAGUUUGGCGGAAUAUACCCACGCGAAGGCAUGGGUAAAUGGACGGCCUGGUUGACAUCGAUCCUCCAAUACUUGGACCGGGCUCUUCCGAAGACGACCAAAGUCGUGAUGGAUACGAACGAGGAAGAAACCACGGAUCAGGUGGUGAACAAGGAGAUGUCUGGGCGCUGUGUCUUCCAGCGACUGCACGCUGGCGAUGGCAUCUUCAGACGGGGGGAGUUCGCCAUCAGGACAAAGCAAUUAGAUGAGUCGGACUAUGACGACUAUGACUACGACGACUAUCCGACUAGUUGUAGGGACAUCAUUGGUGAUCGUGACUACUACCUGUACUAUUCCGACUGA